AUGUCAGGACUCGAAAUAGCAGCUGCAGUAGUGCUUGGAAGCCAGCUAUUGGAGGCGAAAUAUUUAAUCAAAGAUGACGUUGCCUUGGCUACAAAAGUCGUUAGUAGCGCAUUACCGUAUAUGUGGAAGUCGCUGAGAGGUAAGGCAUCGUACUGGUACUAUUUUGAAGACUCUGUCAAAAAGCACAAGAAUUCAAAAGCUUUGGCAUUUCCUAGACCAAAACAAAAUCCACCACCAUUGGAAAUUGAUGAAGCAGGAUUUCAAAUUUAUGACAACCAGUUUGAAGUUGAAGCCUACACUUAUCAAGAGUUGUACGAUAUGGUUUUAAGGCUUUCCUACAUUUUGAAAAACGAGUAUGGCGUUACAUCGGCUCAAACUAUUGGUGUUGAUUGUAUGAAUAAGCCAUUGUUUCUUGUUUUAUGGUUAGCAUUGUGGAAUAUUGGCGCUUUGCCAGCAUUUUUGAACUUCAACACCAAGGAUAAGCCUUUGGUUCACUGUCUCAAGAUUGCCCACGUUUCCCAAGUAUUUAUCGAUCCCGAUUGCGAUGGCCCCAUUAGGGAAACUGAAGGUUUGAUCAAUGAGGAAUUACCAAAUGUCAAGUUGCAUUACAUCAACGAAGCUGCAUUAUUUAAUAGAUUGCAACUGAAAUCGACUCCUAAAUUUAGAGCUAAAGAUGAAACUAGGAGGCCUCAAGACACUGACUCUUCGGCAUGUGCUUUGAUUUACACUUCAGGUACCACUGGAUUACCAAAAGCCGGUAUCAUGUCUUGGAGAAAAGCGUUUAUGGCUUCGGUAUUUUUUGGUUUCAUUAUGAAGGUUAGCGAUAAAUCAAAUGUUUUAACCGCAAUGCCUUUGUAUCAUUCUACUGCUGCUAUGUUGGGGGUCUGUCCUACUUUAUUGGCUGGUGGUUGCGUUUCCGUUUCGCAAAAGUUUUCCGCUACUUCAUUUUGGACUCAAGCUCGGUUAGUUGGUGCAACCCACAUUCAAUAUGUUGGAGAAGUUUGUCGUUACUUGUUGAACUCAAAAGCACAUCCAGAUCAAAAUAAACAUGGUGUCAGGAUUGCCUAUGGUAAUGGGUUACGUCGUGAUAUAUGGUCGGAUUUCAAAAGAAGAUUCCACAUUGAGGCUAUUGGUGAAUUUUACGCUGCAACCGAGUCGCCCAUUGCUACCACUAAUUUACAAUAUGGUGAGUACGGGAAAGGUGCUUGUCGUAAAUAUGGUUCAUUGAUCAGUUUGUUAUUAGGAACCCAACAAGUUUUGGUCAAGAUGGACCCGGAAGAUGAAAAUGAGGUUUGGAAAAAUCCCAAAACAGGAUUUUGUGAAAAGGCAGCUUACAAUCAACCGGGUGAAUUAUUAAUGAGAAUUUUGAAUCCUAAAGAUAUUCAGAAAACUUUCCAAGGUUACUAUGGUAAUAAGAAGGCAACCAGUAGUAAAAUUAUGACCGAUGUGUUCAAGAAGGGCGAUGCUUGGUUCAGAACUGGUGACUUGUUGAAAAUGGACCAAGAUAAGUUGUUAUACUUUGUAGAUCGAUUAGGAGACACCUUCCGUUGGAAAUCGGAAAACGUUUCAGCUACAGAAGUUGAAAAUGAGUUAAUGGGAUCGAAUGUAAUUAAACAAUCGGUCGUUGUUGGUGUACAAGUUCCAAAUCAUGAAGGUAGAGCUUGCUUUGCAGUUAUUGAGCCAAAGGAUGGUUUAGAAGCAAAUGAAAUUUUGAGCAAGGUACAUACUUUUGUGAAUCAUUCCUUACCAACUUACGCACAACCGGCAUUUAUCAAGAUUGCUACCAUUGAAGCUUCGCAUAAUCAUAAAGUUCCAAAGAAUCAAUUCAAAAAUCAAAAAUUGCCAAAAGGUGAGGCUGGAGACGAGCUCAUUUAUUGGUUGGAUGGCGAUAAGUAUAAAGAGUUGACAGAAGAAGAUUGGAACAACAUUUGCGCUGGAAAAGCUAAAUUAUAG